AUGCCCGUCGCCGUCGAUGCCCAGGUACCCGAAGAUGGUCGGCGAGGACUGCGUGAUGGCGUUGGCUCCGGACCAUUGCGAGAAGAGAGUCGGCAAACGGGGCUAACAGAUCCAACGGGGUGUUGUCUAUUGUCUCUCUUAAUCCGGCAACCCCGACACCCUCCCGAGGUCGUUUCGAACGGUAUCUCGCCGAAUGGACUUGCACUGUUGCCGGACAAACUGUUCCUGUACGUCGCCAUGACGCGUGCGAAUGCUGUCUCGAGAUUGCCGCUACAUGCAGACGGGACCACUGCGGAGGAGGGAGGCAAGAAUCUGACGAACUGCUGCUUUGGACGAGACGAUGGGAAGACGCUGUUUAUCAGCGACAGGUCGGAGGGGAAUGUGCAGUGUGUCCGGUGGCACGGUGCGGGGAUGGAGUGGGUAAAGAAUAGAGCUGCAACGGAAUGA